UCGGCGUGCGUGCGGCGCGGUGCCGUCGGCGGAGCCUGAGGCCGCUGCGUGCGGUGCAGCCAUGGCUCCCCGCUGGCCCUCCCUGCUGCUCCUCGCCUGCGCCCUGGCGCUGCUGGCCGGGCACCCUGGCACCGCCGGCCCUGCGCAGCCCACCUACCCCGGGGAUGAUGCGCCCGUCGAGGACCUCGUCCGCUUCUACAACGACCUCCAGCAGUACCUCAACGUGGUCACGCGGCACCGGUACGGCAAGCGGUCGGGCAGCCGGGUGCUGUGCGAGGAGCCCUUCGGUGCCGCAGGGUGCUGAGCCCCCAGGGACACUGCCGGGGCAGAGCGGGUGAAGAGGAGCCCGGCGGAGUGCAGCACCCACGGCACCCACGGCACCCGCUGCACCCACGGCACCCGCUGCACCCAUCGCCCCGGGGCCGGUCCGGUCCCCCCAGCAAUAAACCCCCUUGCAGCCA